AUGGCGAGCCUGUGCAGCUUCAUGCGGCUCUCUGGUCUCUGCGCCUUCCUGGGCUUUCUUGGCCUCGUGGAAGCUUCUACCCCAGAGGCCUCAGAGUGUGAGAGCCCUCGUGCCGUGGAGCUGCUGCAGCUGGACUCGGCUCUGCAGUUCCGAGGGCAAACGGAGCUAUCGGCUGUGAACUCUGCUCAGAACUCGACCUCAACCGCCUCGAGCUCGUACUGGUACCCGGUGCGCGGGGUGGACGCGGGGAGGUCGGGCUACUGCCCAGGCGCCGUGGGGCCUUUUCCACUCCCGGCUCCUGCCUGGUCCUUGGAGGUUCCAGGCCUGAACUUCCAUCAGACGCCGGUGAUCGACGACGUCUUGAACAUCUACACCACCAGUGACAACGGGACGAUCCUCUCCUUCUCGAAGGACGGCCAGAAGCGCUGGGAAUUCCAGCCGAAGAGCAUCCGCUGCCAGAACCCUUCGCUGUUUGAUGGCAAGCUCUACACUGCUUGUGCUAACGGUCAAGUCGUGGCCCUGAGGAUGGACACGGGGGAGGAGGUGUGGUCGCGUCCGGUGUUCGACGGCUUGCCUACGGACGCCUACACCGUCAGUGCGACAGAGGACUUCCUGGUGAUCCCCAUGGCGGAUACCGGACUCGACUUUGGCGGAGCCUGGGGCGUGGCACUACUGGAUCGUGCAGACGGGCGCCUCCGGUGGAGCUACAACGUUUCGACGAUUGCGCCGAAGUCCUACGUCAUCAAUCUGGAUCCAUGCAUCCUCAACGAAUCCAUCAUCCUCAGUGACACAUCUGGGGGUGUCUAUCGGCUGAGCGUCGAGGACGGCUCUGAGAUUUGGCGCGUCCCGGGUCUCGACGAGGGGACCUUCACACUUGGUGGCGUGGCUUGCGCGGGAGACAUGGUCUUCAACGGCUAUUCCAGGGCCGAUGGAUCCGGAGGGCUCCGGGCACUGAGGAUGGAAAGCGGGAGCCUGGCCUGGAACCGGGCAUUUCCGAAGGUCGUCCACAACGCACCGGCCAUAGGAAGGAUCUACAAUCACGGUGAGUCACCAGCAGUCAUUGUGGGGAUGGGGGAGCCGCCUGGUCGCCCCUGGCCAUUGCCUGCCAACAUCACUGGCAAGGUCGUGGCCGUGGAUGCAGUCAGCAAUCAAGUCAUCUGGACCUUCGAACCUCCGCCCUGGCACCACUGGGGCGCUGCUGGGUCCACCUUCGAACAGUUGUGCUUCCCGGACCUUUUCUCCGCGGCAACCAUUGAUGCUGAUGGUACGGUCUACAUCAACUGGUCCGCUGCGGGCAUCACCUAUGCUUUGCGAGACGCAAAUGCAGAUGGCAUCAUCUCCUUGCAAGAUCCGAGAGAAGUCUCAGCCGCGGAUCUGGGCUCAGCAGCUACGGGGCCACCUGCCCUGGCGCCUGGCAUGAUCUUCGUGAACACUUGCCGCCGGCCCAGUGCUUUCUUCUAG